AUGUACCCCGUGUACGCUCUAGCAUCGCAGCAUCACAGAGUCGGACUCGUUGGCAAAUUGUCUAGCAGGGAUCAGAAGCGACAUAAUUUACUGUGUCAUCGCACCACCGAGUCCUCUUUAUCCGCACUCCGUAGUUUGGGAAUGCUGGGUCACCUCUUCUUCUACUUUUUCGAGAGCAGGAGCGAUCCUGAUACGGACGAUGUGUUGCUCUGGACGAAUGGCGGGCCUGGGGGCUCGUCCGUCGUAGGGCUGCUGACGGGGCUGGGAUCGCGUCGUAUGCUGGAUGCGUCUGGACCCAAGUAUCACCCGGAAUCAUGGAACAGCAAGGCUAACAUAUUCUUCAUCGACCAGCCAGUCGGCACAGGAUUUUCAUACGCCGAAUACGGCGAGGCGGCGGCUCCCUCCAUUCCAUCUCUACGCAUGCUCAAACGUCGAUUAAAAACGUUCCCCGAUGCAGAAGGUCUUCACCAGCCACAUCCAACACUUCCUGAACGCACCCGCCACCCGCGCGCUCCUCGGGGCCGAUCCCGCCGUCCCGCACUUCGCGCUCCUCAGCCCCGGCGUAAACGCCGCCUUCUUCAGCAACCGCGACCACCUGCACCCGUCCGAGGCGCGCGUCGCGGCGUGCGCGUGUUGAGAUACGCGGAGACAUACGACUGGGUCGCGAACUGGGCGGGCAAUGAGCGGUGGGCGCUGGAUACGGCGUGGCGCGGGCAGGAGGAGUUCAACAAGCAGGCUCUGCGCGAGUGGGCGGUCGACGGGAGGGUCGCGGGCAAGACGAGGAGCUCGGGGGGCUUGACGUUCGCUACGGUGGAAGCCACGGGACAUAUGGCUCCGUGCGAUAAGCCCAAAGAGACUCUGGCGAUCCUGCUGCGCUGGUUGUCCGCAGAGGCACUGUAA